GCCGCGUGAAACAUUACAAUUACCUGACAUUACAUCCUCUGCCACAGGACAGAGUCAGCCUUGUCUGUUCUAUUGAGUUUUCCACGAAGUUUGAACGAUGUGAAACGCACACAUUCCUCCCAGACUCCUAAAGCAACGAUUCUUGCUUCUUCUUCAAUCUGCUGACUACCCCCGGAAUCUCCGAGGAGAAUUCCGGUCUUCUCCGAUCCAAUUCCCGCCAUGUCGGCUUCGAAACCUCUCCGGACGAGGAGCCUUCCCCUGCCCCUCCUCUGUUCCCUCCUCUGUUUCUUCUCUGUCCUCAGAGGGGAGGAUCAGGGGGAGCGCCAAAUUCUCCUGAACCUGACCUCCACUCUCGAGUCCUCGAACCCGAACUUGUUCUCCUCCUGGGCCAACAACAAGCCGCUGUGCGAAUUCUCAGGAGUCACGUGUAACGUGAAUGGAUCGGUCCGGGAAAUCGAUCUCUCCAAUCAACAGCUGAGAGGGCUGCUUUCGAUAGAAUCGGUGUGCAGGCUCCAGUCCCUCGAGAAGCUAGCUCUCGGGUACAAUUCACUUCGCGGUUCUGUGUCCACCGAGCUGAGGGACUGCGUCAAGUUACAGUACUUGGACCUGGGCAACAACUUCUUCUCCGGACCCUUCCCGGACAUAUCCUCUCUCAGCGGAUUGCGAUACUUGUACUUGAAUGGAAGCGGGUUCUCCGGCUCUUUCCCCUGGGUUUCGCUCAGGAACGUGUCCGACCUCGUGGUUCUGAGCAUCGGAGACAACCCCUUCGAUAAAACUCCAUUUCCAAAAGAAAUUCUAGGCCUUCUCAAUUUGAAUUGGAUUUACAUGUCGAAUUGCAGCAUCGAAGGGGAAAUACCGUCCGCAAUUGGAGGCCUGAAGAACCUCGGAAGCUUAGAGCUCUCGGAGAAUUACUUGACGGGUGCAAUUCCGCCUGAGAUUGUGAAUCUAGACAAUCUGUGGCGGCUUGAGCUCUACGGCAAUGGAUUGACUGGUAAAAUACCAGUUGGUUUUGGGAAUUUGACCAAGCUCGAGUACUUCGAUGCAUCAAUGAACAGCCUUGAAGGUGACUUGUCCGAAUUGAGAUCCUUGGAGAAUUUGAUUUCUCUACAGCUGUUCAUGAACAAUUUCUCCGGUGAGGUGCCUCAAGAGCUCGGAGAAUUCAAGAAACUUACCAACGUUUCUCUCUACCAGAAUAGAUUGACAGGUACCCUGCCCCAGAGCCUCGGCUCUUGGGCGGAGUUCAUCUACCUUGACGUAUCUGAGAAUUUCUUGACGGGCCCGAUACCACCUGACAUGUGCAAGCAGGGGACGAUGAAGGAGCUCCUGAUGCUCCAGAACAACUUCUCAGAUGAGAUUCCGGAGAGCUAUGCAAGGUGCACGAGCCUGACCCGGUUCCGGGUAAGCAACAACAGCCUCUCAGGCACUGUUCCAUCCGGGAUCUGGGGCCUCCCGCAUGUGAACAUUAUCGACAUUGAAUUGAAUCAGCUCGUGGGGCCCAUUACUUCUGACAUAGCAAAUGCCAAGGCUUUGGGGGAAUUACGAAUUGGUAACAAUCAGUUGUCUGGUGAAUUGCCGCCAGAGAUUGCGAAGACCGAGUCUUUAGUCACGAUAGACCUGAGGAACAACCGAAUCUCGGGCAAAAUCCCUGAUGCUAUCGGGGACUUGAAGAAGCUAAGCACGCUUCAUUUGCAGAACAAUCUGUUGAGUGGUUCAAUUCCUGAGUCAAUUGGCUCCUGUGUGAAGCUGAGUGACCUUAAUAUUGCUCGGAACUCGCUUUCGGGCAAAAUUCCAUCUUCAUUGGGGAACUUGCCGACUCUCUACUCCCUCAACUUGUCUAACAACAGGCUCUCCGGUCAAAUCCCAUCCUCAUUAUCCUCUCUUCGACUUAGCCUCCUCGAUCUCUCAAACAACCUUCUCUCAGGCCCUAUCCCGCAAUCCCUCUCCGUCGACGCAUACAAUGGAAGUUUCGCUGGCAAUCCUGGGGUUUGUAGUUCCAUCAUUGGACUUGGAUCCUUCCCAAAGUGUUCCUCAAACUCAGGCAUAUCGAAAGAUGUGAUGGCCCUUAUAGUUUGCUUCGCCCUAAGUAUAGUACUACUGCUUGGCUUGCUUGUAAUAUUCUUGUACCAGCAUAAGAGAGGGAAGUCCCACGAACGGUCAUUGAAGGACGGAUCAUGGGAUGUGAGGUCGUUCCAUGUGCUGACCUUCACCGAGGAUGAGAUAUUGGACUCAAUCAAGCAAGAGAAUCUCAUCGGGAAGGGCGGAUCAGGGAAUGUCUAUAAGGUUGUCCUUUCGAGUGGGAAAGAACUCGCUGUAAAGCACAUAUGGAACUCGGCGGAGCCUCUCCAGCCAAAGAAGGUUCAGAGCACAAGCCCAAUGCUUGGUGGCAAGCGGGCCCAGAAGUCCCGGGAAUUUGAUGCUGAGGUCCAAACCUUGAGCUCCAUAAGGCAUGUCAAUGUGGUGAAGUUGUACUGCAGCAUCACGAGCGAGGACUCAAGCUUGUUGGUGUACGAGUACCUGCCAAAUGGGAGCCUGUGGGACAAGCUCCAUACAGGCUCAAAGGCUGGGCAACUUGACUGGAACACAAGGUAUGAGAUUGGGCUCGGGGCUGCCAGGGGGCUUGAGUACCUCCAUCACGGGUGCGAGCAGCCUGUUAUCCACAGGGAUGUGAAAUCGAGCAAUAUUCUGCUGGACGAGUUCCUCAAGCCCCGAAUAGCUGAUUUUGGGCUUGCAAAGGUCGUUCAGACCGGUAGAGGUGGAGAUUUCACGCGUGUUGUUGCAGGAACACACGGGUACAUUGCUCCGGAAUAUGGAUACACUUGCAAGGUAGACGAGAAGAGUGACGUAUACAGCUUUGGGGUGGUGUUGAUGGAGCUGGUAACUGGAAAGGGGCCUAUAGAGCCCGAGUUCGGGGAGAACAAGGACAUAGUGAACUGGAUCUCAGCCAAGUUGAAGAACAGAGAGAACAGUGUCCUCGACCUGGUGGACCCUAAAAUCCCGGGAGUCCUACGAGAAGAGGCAGUGAGGGUGCUGAGAAUUGCGGUGAUCUGCACGGAGAGGCUGCCCGCUCUGAGGCCUACAAUGAGGAGCGUCGUUCAGAUGCUGGAGGAUGCCGAGCCCUGCAUGUUGGGUGAGGUUGUCAUCGAGAAAGUUUCGGGAAUGAGUAGGGCGAGUUCUGUGAAGGAAAGCAGCGAUAGUUGAAGAAUUAUUCUUGAUUCCGAGCAACCUUAAGCUCCGAUAGUAUGACAGUAAUAUGGCAGCACGGUAUGAUAGAACACAACAAGAAGGCUGCAGCAAUUGGGACAAGCUGGGAAUAGAGAAUAUCCAGGAUCAGGAAUUGUUCGUUUUGGCCAGUUUCAAAUCAAGAAGAAUAGAAAUGGUAGGAUUCCGGAAUCCUGGUGCGGGUAAAAAUUUUAAGAUAUGAAUUCGGCAUUCAUUAGGCCGAACACCAAAGUGGUUGUAAGUUGCAAUGUAUGUAUAUGAUAGCUUAGAGUUAUGGAUUCGAAAAUAGCUACGAUAAAUUGUAGCCAAGUCUGCCUGAUAAUAUGUAGUUGCUGCAAUGCUAGGCAUUUGUAACCAAACAUGCAAUCGCUGAUGUGCGGGAUCAGGUAGAGUUAGUUGUACAAGAUUGAGGCCUAUGCUUGGCCAUCGAAUUGAUGAUUAUGAAGCUCGUACUGUCGACAUAUAUGAACCUAUUUCCAAUAA